AUCUUACCGAAGUCUGCUAUGCUCCUUGCAGACAUGUCAAACAUCGAGGCGCAGAAAGAAAUGAAACCGCAUGGAGCUCCGACUUCACCCGUUAAAGUGGAUAAACAAGCACUCGUAGAAUUAAAGAAUGGAAAGGUCGUGUUUCGCCAAAAACCACUUUCUUGCGAGAAAAUGACGGAGACUAUGCAAGAAAUCGUCAAGUUCCGUGACUUUUUACAGCAACGUGCAAAAGUGGAACAGUCGCCGCUUCAGCAAAUACCAGAUGAGCACAUACCCCUCAUUGCAAAGCUCGUACACGAGAGUGAUAAAACGAUUGGUUUUCUUGCAAGACACAUCCAGGAGGCCCUUAAACCCGAGGAAACGGACAUAACGGGCGGUGCCAACUCUAGUGGUGCCUCUUUAACUGCUUUUGCUAUCGAAGUCGCAGCCUUGAAGGCCUGCGAACGUGUAAAUUAUGGGAUAGAUUGGAUAGAAAAGGCACCCGCUGCUCUAAGCAUUUGGAGGUGGGAGGUUAAGGAGCAAAACUAUGACUUUCUACCGAAGGCUUCUAGGGAAAAGUUCGAGGCACGAUUAUCCGAGAGAAAGCAGGCAAAGCAAAUACUCAGAUCGUUCUAUGACGCCCUUCCACAAACAGAAAAAGACGCACUAUCGAAAGGCGGCAGGAAGACGAAAACAGAGACAGGGCAUGUUUCAUCAGUUACAGACGAGAACAAGCCAGUACAUCAGCCCAUAGCAGACCCUCAGUCUGAAACGACUUUAAAUGACUCGCUGGAAGAUGCGUCCGCAACGAAGAAACCUGCUGCCCGACCUAAGAAGGAUAAACCUGUGGAUCCUGAGCGCCUGGCGAAGGAAAAAGAAAAGGCAGAGAGAAAGGCAGCCAAAGAGGAGAAGGAGCGAAAACAGCAAGAAGCCCAGAACAAGUCUCGAUCAAUCCUGUCUUCUUUCUUCUCGAAACCAAAGGCGACCAACAACAAGCUACUUCGACCAGCUUCGGCAAGCACUUCUCUGACUAGUGACCCCUGUUCCUUGAUAUCUGAAUUUGAGAGGACAUUCAAACCUUUUAUCUUGAGGAAAGAUGCGACAUUGGCCGCUGUCAACUACUUUGAUGAGCGGCGGAAAUCCAAAGAGGUCAUCGAAAUCGACGAAGAUCCGUGUAGCAAUCUGCGAACAACGAUAACUAAUCCCGGCGAUUUGGUGUCACAGUCUCGAGACCCACAAGAGCUCUUUUCUGAAUAUAUCGCAAGUCUGUCGUCUAAACUGAGACGAUUACCAAGAGCUUCCGGUCAAGACGGCUUGAAGUACAAGUCAUCCUCGGCUCACUGUGUUCGCGAGAUUUUUGCUCAGCUAUCAGAGGCAGAAGUCUUGGGUGACGAUGCUACAGUCCGGUCACUGCAUACCCUACUGGCAUCACGAGAUAAAAUCCCGGCAAAAGUACUGAUCUUUCACGAAGACACACGUCCGGGCUACUUCGGUACCUUUACCAAAUCUUCCACAGUUAUUGGACCGCGAACGCCAUUCGCGAAAGAUGCUGUAGCGAUUGACUAUAGCUAUGAUUCAGGCGAGGAGUGGGAGGAAGAGGAAGAAGGUGCCGAUGAUCUGCUUAGUCUGAAUGGGAGUAAUGCUGGGGAGACAAGUGACGUCGGAACUGACGAGUUCGACGAUUGGCUCGUUGAAGAUGACGAACCAAUUGACCCUGGUACGCCUUUGGAUGAACGGGCCGGUUCCCCAGGCUUUCCCCUCUUGCCUCAGGAACUCGUACCAAAAAGAAAGGCUGAGCCCGAUCGAGAUCCCAAAGAGCCGAAGAAACGAAAGGUGAUGCCUCUGGUACCGUACACGAAGGGACCAUGUGUGGAAGCGGACAUUGGCGAAUGCGAUGAACCUUUCAAACAAUACCGGAUUCAGUUGUUUAAUGAUACCCCUUUCCCUAUUGACCCUUUCUCAUUCGUCUCAAUUCCUGUUACUAAGGAACGACAUGCUCCCUCAAAACCAGUCUUCGCUGUGCCCGCACUUCCGCCGCACGUGCAGGCAUCAGGUGCAGAUGCGAAUGGCUCAACCUCUACCUCUACCACUGCAGCUAUUGGUCCAUCUACCAACUCAACCUCCGCAACUCCGGGUAACAUCAAACGCGUAUCUUUACAGCCGAAAUAUCCGUUCCCAACUGCACUGCUUCCAUAUUUCGCCGACAAAGUGGCAUCGUUGAACAGUGGGAAUCUUACGUGGCUUGUCGAGAGCUUGUACCAGGACCUAAAGGUUCACAAGGUCAAAAAGAAUGCGAUAGAGGCGAAAGUUCGUGAGGACUGCGAGAAAUGUCCUGUACGAAAAGUCUGGGCUGUAAAAGCGGAUGUCCUCCGGUCACUAGGCAGAGAACCGCCUACAUUGCCUAGUGCAUAA